AUGAAUACGAUCAAUGACUCUUUUAUUAAGACUUCCAAAGUUAAUUGCAAUUUCAUCUAUAAACGUUGUCGAGUGGCCACGGAUUUUAGUAAGUCUAAACAUUUCCUUCAUUUCUCCGGAUUGUGUAAAGAAUGUGGUGCUAAAUUGAUUGGAUGGGCAGAUAACAAGCCAGACGAAGCUAUGCCAUUAAAUGUUAGCAUAGUUAUAGAAAAUAUGGACAUUACACUUACGCAUACAUCUAAAAGACCGUUGAAUGGUGAGAAGCUUCAUGAUAUAGGAAAAGAGCUAUUACAUGUAUUACAUGACUGUGCGAGCAACUGGAGAAGAAAUGCCACUAAUGCAUUCAAAAUGUAUUAA